GUUCAUAAAACCUUUAAUAGAAUUCACCUUCUUUGCUCGAUUUUCCUUUACAUAAAUUUUAUUUUCUUGGUAGAUAGGGGACUACUCCUUCCUAUGCAAGGUGACUCCAAUACUGUUCUAGCAACCUCCGGGGAUGUCGUCGUCACCACGACUAUGGACCAUGAAGUUGUCGGAGUUGGCGCUGCUGCUGCUGCUGCUGCUGGUGCUCCAAAUUCGUCGGGUGAAGAAGAUAAAAGUAUUGUUAGGGUUGUGGAAGGUGACCGGACGAGCUAUGGUUCAAACCGGUGGCCAAGACAAGCAACUUUGGCCUUGUUGAAGAUAAGGUCCGAUAUGGACGCAGCGUUUCGUGACUCAAGCCUCAAAGGUCCAUUAUGGGAAGAGGUUUCCAGGAAACUAGCUGAGCUUGGUUAUCAUCGAAGUGCCAAGAAAUGUAAGGAGAAGUUCGAGAAUGUGUACAAGUACCACAAGCGAACCAAAGAAGGCCGAACUGGCAAAUCCGAAGGCAAAACUUAUAAAUUUUUCGAUCAAUUAGAAGCUCUCAAAAAUCACCAGCACCAAUCUCAGUUACCACCACCAACACCGCCGCCGCUACCAAAACCUCAAACUCCAAUCACAACAGCUGCUGCCACAUUGCCUUGGUCUAAUAAUCCUCCUAUUGUUUCUCAUGCAACUGUUGCAUCAACAGCAAACACUCAGAAUAAUAACGUUGCUCCGUCAUCACCUGAUCAUACAAUCAAUGCUAUGCCAAUAUCUUCAUCACAACCAUUAAAUCCUUCUCAAACUAUUUUCCCAUCUUUUCAGAAUCUUACUUCCCAUCUUUUUUCUAGUUCUACUUCCUCCUCGACAGCAUCCGAUGAAGGUUUUCAAGCAACUCGAAAAAGAAAGAGAAAAUGGAAGGAUUUCUUUGAGAGGAUAACGAAGGAUGUUAUCAAGAAGCAAGAAGAGUUGCAAAGGAAGUUCUUGGAAACAGUAGAGAAACACGAACAGGAAAGGAUGGCACGCGAGGAAGCUUGGAGAAUGCAAGAGAUGGCAAGGAUUAAUAAAGAGCAUGAAAUUUUGAUCCAAGAACGGACCACCGCUGCUGCUAAAGAUGCUGCAGUUAUUGCAUUCUUGCAAAAAAUAUCGGGACAGCAAAACUCAAUACAAACGCUGGAUAUUCCCCAACCACCAGCACCAAUAGCGGCACCAGCACCCUCUUCAGUUCCAGCUACAGCUCCGUCACCGGCACUUGCACAAGUACCCGCAACGGCGCCACCACAGCCUAGGCCAGCACCACCGGCUCGUUAUGUACCAGUGGUAAUGAAUUUGGAUGUUCCGAAAAAGGAUAAUGAACAGAAUGCUGUUGUGUCAAGGUCUUCUAGAUGGCCAAAAGUUGAAGUUCAAGCUCUCAUUAAUCUUAGAACCAAUCUUGAUACUAAUUAUCAAAAAAAUGGACCUAAAGGACCUCUAUGGGAGGAGAUCUCAUCUGGAAUGCAAAAGCUUGGAUAUAACAGGAGUGCGAAAAGAUGCAAAGAGAAAUGGGAGAAUAUAAACAAGUAUUUCAGGAAAGUGAAAGAAAGCAACAAGAAAAGGCCUGAAGAUGCAAAAACAUGCCCAUACUUCCACGAACUCGAUGCUCUAUACAAGGAAAAGAGCAAGACUAAUGAGAGUUCAGCCAACCAUGGUGGUCAUGCUUCAGUUCAUCAUCCUAUAACCACAAUGGAGCCCUUAAUGGUCCGGCCGGAGCAGCAAUGGCCUCUUCAACAUGAAAAGCAGUCGGAGAAAUUAACGGAUCACUAUGACGACAUUGAGGAAGAUGAUGAAGACGACGGUGACACCGAGGAAGAAGAUGAGGGAGGAGGAGGAGGUUGUUUUGAGGUAGUAGCAAGCAAACCUGCGGCUGCUUCACUGGGCAAUGGUGAGUGAGAUAAGGUAGGGAAGCUUCUUACCAGAGAACCCAUGAGGACAUUGUUAAAACUCUCUUUUACAGCAAGGUUAAUUACUUAAGGAAAUGGCGAUGAGGAUAAAAAAUUUCCAAAUUCAAACUACUAACUUACUGUGGAAGAAGAAGAAGCAGUCUGAGACAAAAUGGCCGGCCUGAGCAUAGAUCUUUCAAAAGUGGAUCGAUGAUUAAGGUGCUGAAGCUGUUGUGGCAGCCAACUCUUUAAUUAAUUUAUUAUGUGCUCAUUCACAUGGGUUCCAUUUCUCUAUAGUGGGAUGACCAAUACUUGUUUUUAGUUUCUCUUUCUCUUCGUCUUUUUUUCUUUUAAUUGAAAAAAAAAAAAGAGAGAUUAUUUUGUUAAUUGUUUGUUGUUACAUAAAGUGGGUAUAAAGAUGGAACUACACAAAAUAAAGAAAUAGAAUCAUUAGUCUUUGUAUUUUACUUUGUGUCCAUUAGGGAGAUCAUAGAACAAAUAAAUAAAUCACUGCUGUAUCUUUCUUUAUGCUCAUUGGGUGUCAAUGAUAUGAGAGAAUUGGUCUA